AGAUGAAAACAUAGUAAUACAAGUAAUGAAAGUGAAAUCCUGCUGGUAGGUGAUAGAAAUGUGCAUGCUCAAGAAUUCUGUUAUUCUGUACAAAUAGAAGAAGAAAAUGGUUAUCAACCAAGACAUAUUCGAUCACUUUUAGGCGCUAUUUUAAUUUUAGAGUCAUGUUUAUGGUUUGGGGACAAUUGAAAAUAAACAUUAAGAAGAUUAUUAUUGAUUUUUAUCUGUUGUGUAAUUGAUGACGACACUAUACUAUAACGAGUUAUCUACAAAAAUAAAUCUGCUUUAAUCAAACCUUUCUCAGGAUAUGGCUUCUUUUGAAUGUGGAAAACAAAUUAAGAGGGAGGUCCAAUCUGUUGAUGAUGAAGUUCUUUUUCAAAAACAUGACGUAAAAUCUGAAUAUGGAAGAAAAGGUGAUGCUAACAUGCCUAUCAACGAUUUGGAAGAAAAUGAUAAAUUAAAAGUGACUAUGCUUAUAGAUAAAUUUGAUCCAGAAAAAAUCAAAAUCGAAGAAAAUUUUUUUAUUCCUCGCCUUGAUCUCAAAUCUGAAAAGUGUGAGAAUACAAUAAUUGAAGAUUUGAAUUUGAAAGCUUGUGAAGAAGAAUUAUUCAGCUAUGAAAAUGGGUACAGUAAUAGUUGGCAAAACCAUAAUGAGGCGCAUGCCAUACUACUUCAAAAUGUGACUGAGGAUUUAAAACCUGUUGGUUUAACUGCAGAUACUGGAAACGUCUUUGUUGAAACAGAGAAGGAAACUUUUAUUGUGAAGAAGGAAGAGAUUUUCAAUGAAAAUAUUCCAUCAGCUCCAGAUGAAAUGAAGUUUGCUGUUGAAGAUGACCAUGUUGUUAAACCUGAGAUGGAACCAACAACAGAGAGGAUUAAUGAACUAUACAAUUCUGCAGACUGUUCAAAUUUAAAAAUUAGUCAAAAAUUGCAUAGUGGAGAAAAUUCAUUUCAGUGUAAAAUAUGUUCGAAAUCAUUUGCUAAAGCUGGUUCUUUAAAGUACCAUGAAAAAGUGCAUACUGGAGAAAAACCAUUUCAAUGUCAAAUUUGCUCAAAAUCGUUCAGUCAAAGUCAUAAUUUGAAAUACCAUGAAAAAAUUCAUUCUGGAGAAAAACCCUUUCAGUGUAAAAUAUGCUCAAAGUCUUUCAUUCGAAAUAGUGAAUUAAUUAAACAUGAAAAAACUCAUUCUGGUGAAAGACCGUUUCAGUGUCAAAUAUGCCCAAAGUCAUUCAUUCAAAAUAGUGAAUUAAUUAUACAUGGAAGAACUCAUUCUGGUGAAAAACCGUUUCGGUGUCAAAUAUGCUCAAAAUCAUUUAGUCGAAGUAAUAAAUUGAAAUGCCAUGAAAAAAUUCAUACUGGGGAAAAACGUUUUCCCUGUAAAAUAUGCUCUAAGUCAUUUAUACAGAAUGAUGUAUUAAUUAGACAUGAGAAAACUCAUUCUGGUAAGAAACCAUUUCAGUGUCAAAUUUGCUCAAAAUCGUUCAGUCGAAGUGAUAAUUUGAAACACCAUAAAAAAAUUCAUACUGGGGAAAAACCAUUUCAGUGUGAAAUGUGCUCAAAGUCAUUCAUGCGAAGAACUCAAUUAAAAAAUCAUGAAACCAUUCAUACUACAGACAAAACACUUCACUGAGAAAUCUACUUAAAAUCGUUCAGUGGAAAUUGCCAUGUGAAGUCUCAUAAAAAAAUUCAUACAAAGGCCAUUUCAUUUUGAAAUUUACUCAACAAUAGUUAUAGUCAUAGAUUUUCAAAACUAUAGUUGUUAACAUUGAAAUAUUCUUACUUGAAAA